CCCGAUCACAGCCACAUCAUUGGCCCGGAGCGCGGGGCAUGCUGGGAUUGUUGGUCCGCCAUGGACGGUGAUUGGGGCUCUUCCUGGCUUUGAGGUGACUGAGAACUCCGGGAACUCCUCCGCCUGUCUCCGCUGUGUUACCGGACCGUGUGUGUGCCGGGCCGCCGACUUCUCCAGGGGCCGUACAUACCGGUUGGCGAAGAUGGCGCUCCAAGGGACGUUGAUGGAAUCUUUACUGGCAUGGGUGAACAGUCUGAAGGUGGAUGACCCCAUAGAGCGCCUGUCUCAACUGCAGGAUCUCAACAUCAUCAUCAAAAUCGUCAAUAGACUGAACGGGAGCUCCGAGGAACAUCCACCCAUCCUCCAGAAACCUCCAGAGGAGCGUCUGGCGUUUUUACAAAAACACUGCAGAUGUGGAUCGAAGGCAGAGAACCUGGUCCAGUGGGAGAGGAUCGUACACGGAGAGAACAGCGACUUGGAGAUCUGUAAGAUCCUGGUUCUGCUCUUCUACGUCUCCAACAUGAAGUGUAAGAAUGCCCAGGACUGGGAGAGCUUUGACCACAAGACACAAACUAACCUGGCCUCCAUCCUGAGAUUCAUCAUGGACAAUGAAGAGGACCUGUCCCAUGAGGACAAACUCAUCCGCUUCCUGCAGAAGAAAGCCCGGGUCUUCUCCAGCGAGAGCGGUUCUAGCUCGGAUGAGAUUGCGUCGCCAAAUGUGUCGGUGCGAAAAUCGCAAGUGCGCUUUCUGGAGCUGCAUAAGGUGGCUUCUUCCUCCAGCUUAAAAAGCGUCGCAUUGGACGCUCCUUCCUCCCCGAUGAGCGAGGUGCUGCACAUGCCGCAGUUCCAGAUCCGAAGACUCCGGAAGCAGCUGGUUGAGGGCCGAGACCUCCGGGAUGAGUUGGAGCUCGAGCUGUCCGAGACCAGGAAACGUCUGGCUGAGAAAGAGGCCCAGAUCUUCCUGAUGCAGCAGAAGAUAGAGAGGCUGAAGGUGCUGAACGAGAAGCAGGCCGACCAGCAGGAGCCCAGAGAGCUGGAAGAGCUGAGAGAGAAGAAUGAGAGUCUUAUGAUUCGCCUCCGCGACGCUCUCAAGCAGUGUCAGGACAUGAAGACGGACAGAAACCAGCUGGAGCGCAAGAAUGAUCAGCUGUCUGAAGAGAACGGAGAUCUGUCCUACAAGGUCCGGGACCUGUCCAGUCGCUUGGCACAGCUGCAGGACGCCCUUAAUGAAACCACCGAGGAGCACGAGCAGUCUAUGACCGGGUGGCAACAACAGCAAAGUCAGCUGCAGAACGAUCUCAACGCUGCCAUCACUGAAAAGAAACUUCUGGAGGAACACAACCAGAUCCUGCAAGGCAAGAUCUCCACCCUGGAGGAUCAGCUGAAGAAAAUGGUGGAAAGCGAAGAGACGCAGAAAGGGGAGAGCAUGGGCGACGUCCUGAGGCUGGAAAAUUUACAGCAAGAGGUCACAUUGCUAAACUCUAAAUCAACGGAGCUUCAGGCUCAGAUCACACAGUUGGAAGAACAGAAGACGACUGCGGCUGCAGAGGUAGAGUUGCAAAGAUCUCGCUUCGAAUCGGAAAAGCUUCAGCUACAGGACAUCGUCACCAAUCUGCAGACCUCUCUGUCGGAAAUCUCCUUUCAGAAAGAGAAGCAGGACCAGGAAGCCAGGGUGCAGGAGGAAAGGUUGACGUGUCAGAUCACCACGCUCAAGCUGGAGAUCACAAAGCUGAAGGCUUCUCUGGCACAGAAGGACGAGGCGCUCGCCUCUCUUCAGCGGGAAGUAGAAGACGAGAAAAGAGAGAGGGGGCAGCUGAUGGACACCUUGCAAAAACAAGAGGAGUCUUCCAGAAAGAACAUUGAGCAACUCGGCCAUCAGGUAGACCAUCUCAGCGGCAGUCUGACCAUCUCUGAAGGCAAAUCGACGGAACUAACUGAAAAACUGAACGGAGCCACCCAAAAAAUGACAAGUUUGGAACAAGAACGGGAUAAAAUUGCUGGUGAAAGAGACUCUGCCUUUAAGGCGUUCGACGAUUAUAAAAUCGAUAAAGAAGAACAGUUGCAGACGUUGAGCCAAACCUGUCAAACUUUGAAAAACGAUCAUCAGCAAAGUUUGGCAUCGGUGGAAGAUCUGAAAAGAGGAAAAGCGGAGCUUGCAUCAAAAGUCGAGGAACUGGAUGCUACCAUUUCAGGCUUGGUAGCCAAAUGCCAGCAUCUCGACACCGAGAAUGAUGCCCAGAGCAAGUCUCAUACAGCCGUUUUAGAGUCGCUAAAAACGCAGCUUGCCGAGCAAGAAGCCAAGCUAAAAAUCUAUGAGCAAAAAGUGUCUGGGAUGGAGCUGAUGAGCGAAGAGAAUGGCCACAUUAAAGACAAGUUGUUGUCCUUGGAGGACAUGGUUAAAAACUUAGAAGAGCUCUUGGAAAAUGAGAAAAAACGUUCAGCCUUACUUGAGAAUGAGACGAAGAGGAAUUCCAUUCUUGAGGGAGAUGUCAAGUCACUAUGUGAGAGUAGGGACCAAACAAUCGCAGAGCUUGCAGAGGAGAAAGCGGCAACCAAGAGACUGGAAUCCCAGCUUUGCCAAAUGGAGGAGGAACACGGGGCAAAGAGUCAGAACUUGCAGGACAAGCUGUCUGAAACCUCUGAUAUAAUCAAACAACGGGAGGAAGAGAUUGAAAAGUUGACCAAGGAAAUGGGCAGAUGGAAAGAUAUUGCUGAAAAUUCAAGUCAGGUAGAGAAGCAAAUUGAAUCACUGAAAAUAGAUUAUAAAGAAGUCUGCCAACAGCUGGAGGUAGAAAAGUCUAGAGUGUUAGAAAUGGAGGCCAAAGCAAAGACGGACAUGUCUUCUCAACUGGAGAAGUUCUCUCACCUGGAAUCUGAGCUUUCGGCUGCAAGAACCCAACUUGAGAUGAAAGAAACCACCGAGAAAAAUCUGCUCCAGUCGGUUCAUUCGGCGGAGGAGAAGCUUAGAUUGGCUCAGGAGACGGAAACUGAGCAAAUUUCACAGCUAGAGAAGAGCCGCAGUAAUGCGGCGCAAGAUCUUGCCUUGCUGUCCAAAGAGCUUUCUGAAGAGAAGCAGAAAAAAGAAGAGCUGGAAUCAACUUUAAGAAAGUUUGAAGAGCAAAAAUCUGAAAGAAUUCUGUCCUUGGAAUCUGAAAUUACGAGUAUGGAGGCUACGCUUAAAGAGCAGGAAAAUGAGACCAAGGCUCUGUCCACACAGCUGGAACUAUUGAGGAAAGAGCUAGAGGAGUCGAAUCUGAAGCACCAACAAAAACUCGAGGAAAAAGACAAUUCUGCGUCUCUGUUGCGCGAGGAGAAGGAAAAAGCCAUCGCAGACCUAAAAGCCGAGCAAACCCAUAAAUUGGAAGCGGACGCUCAGCUACAGAAAUCUGUGGAUGUGCAUAAAAGUGAGUUUUCGGCUCUACAAAACAAGCUUUCCCGUUCUCUUGACCUCAUUACCUUGAAGGAGAGUGAGCUGGAGAAACUUUCCAAGGAAGUUGCUGCAAGGGAUGAGGCAUUACUACUGGAAAAACAAUCUUCAUCCAAGCUCCACGAAGAGGUGACCAGGCUGAAAGUAUUUGAAGAACAAGCUGGAAAGCAUGAAGAAGAGGUAAAGCAUUUUAAAGAGACCAUAAAAGCCACGGAGUCUGAGAUUACGGCAUUGAAAGAAACUAUUGAUGAAAAAGAGAAUAAGAUCCAGCGACUGGGGCGCGAUAUCCAGGAGAUAAUUCAAGAAAAUGCUUCAAUCCGUGAGAACCUGCAAGCUUUGGAAAAUGUGGUCAACUCUUUGGAGAGUCGAGUUAAAGAUCUAGAGGGAAUGUUGCAAGACAGGGAGUUGCGUAUGAACCUGGCCCACAAAGAAGCCGCCGAGGCCAGACUUGCAGCCUCUAAAAAUGCGUCCUCAUCAGAACAGUGGCAAAGGGCUCUCCAGGCUUUGGAAUCCGAGAUUGAGCAGGAGCGCCAAAAGACGAGCGAGCUCGCCAAACAACUGAAGGAGUCUCAGUCGCUGCAAACUGAGAAAGAAUCAUCCUUGGAAGCUUUAAAAAUCGAGUUGUUCCACAAAGUUCAGGAGUUGGAGCAAAGUCAAAAGGCUUUGAAUGAAUCCAGCAAGGAACUGUCACGCGUCAUGUCGUCGUCGCAAGAUGAGGAGAAAUCUCUAGCCAAAGCAAAAGAGCAAGUAUCGAAACUACAGGAAGAAAUUGAGAAGAAGACCGGUCAGGUGGAAUCUAUGCAAGAGGAGCUGAAGAAUGUGACCGCUAAGCUUGCCACCAAUGAGAAGAACUUUUUGGAGGCAAAAGAGUCGCUUGAGAGAGAGUCCACCAAAAGCGAUGGUCUUGAAACGCAGCUAAAACUAGUUCAAGAAAAGCUGGAAGUAUCUGUAAAAGAGCUUACUCAGAAGCAAAGUGCCAUCGACAGCCUCAAUGCCGACACUUCGAGCUACAAACAAGAGGCGGACAAGCAGAGUUCAUCUGUUUUAGGCUUGCAGAAGAAACUGUCCUCUCAAGAUGAAACCAUAGCAAAACUUGAGCAAGACAUCAAGACCUGGCAGGAAAAAUGUUCAAAGAAAGAAGAAGAAAUGUCUGCUGUUCAGCAACAACUUGCCAACGCUCAACAUGCGCUGGAGGAAUUGACAUCCCUUAAAGGCAGCCAUGAGGAAAUGAAGACAGAGCAGACUCGAAGAGAGAGCCAAUACAAAGAGGAACUGCUGAAGAACCAAAAGAUGUCCGAGGGCUUGAAGACAGAGUUGGAAAAGACCAAGUCGGAGGUGGCCUCUCUCUUGUCUUUAAAAGAGUCGUUAUCCCAAAAGGAAGCGACUCUGGAAACCCUUCAGAAGGAGAGCAAUGAUAACCUCAGUAAGAUCUCUAAGCUCCAGGAGGAGAACAAGCGGCUAAGUACUGAAAAUAAGUCCUUGUCCCAGGCUUCUGAUCAAAGUACCAAGAAGACGGAGACAGAGCUGUCCGAGAUCCAAGAGAAGCACCACAAGGAGAUCGAGUCUCUACAGCAGAGCUACGAAAAGACAGCUUCUGAAAGUAAGCAACAAGUUGAUGAACUCAGCCAAAAACUGGAAGCUGUGACCAGCAAGUAUGACCACACAAAGUCUAAAGUCUUGGAUGAACGGCAGAAGUUCCAAGAAGAAAAGCAGAAGCUGCUUGCCCAGGUGGAACAGUUGGAAGCAACAAAAAAGGACCAUGCUGAGCAGGUUCAGGAGCUGAACAAGCAGAUAAGCCAGCAGGAGAAGACCAUUCGGAGCCAGCAACAGAAGCUUAAGAAGGAAAGCGAUGCUCUUGAGGAGGAGGUGGAGAAGAAGCAGAGGAGGUUGGUGGAGCUGGAGAAAGAGCUAAAGCAGCAGACUACGGCUGCGGAGCACUACAAAUUACAGUCGGAAAAAUGCAAGAUACACUAUGAUGCCAAGAAAGAGCUGAACGAUGAACUGAGCGACAAGCUUCAAGCCAUCACCCGGGAGCAGGAGCAUCUGCACAAGGAGAACGAGGAGCUCAAGAAGGAGUCGGAACGGAUCAACAAAGAGCUCCAACUAUCUCUGCUCCAAGCCAAGGAGGCCGAGCAGAACUGCAAGACCCUGACCAGCCAAGUCCGCACUCUGGAGGCUCAGGUGGAGUAUGCCGACCGGCAGCUGAGGGACAUGGGCAAGUUCCAGGUGACCACCGAUACCUUGAAGAGUCGGGAAGCUCGAGCCCCCACACGUGUGACCCGGAGUCGCGCGGAUGUCAGUACAGACAGUCUGGAGAUGAGCGAUGAGGAUGAAAACCCCAUGAACUCCACAAGAGUAUCUUCUUGCAGAAAGAAUGGGCGGACCCACCAAGAACCCUCCUCCGCCGCCGCCCAGACAGAAAGCCCAGAACCCUUGGCCCCUAACCGCCUCCCUAAAAAAGUGGAGUCAUUGGAGAGCCUGUACUUCACGCCCAUCCCCACCGCCCGCGCCCAGUCCAAGCUGGACGGCAGCGUGGGCUCCAUCGCCGACUUCUCUUUGGAUUCCAGCAAGAAGACUCGCUCGGCCCGAAGACGGACCACCCAGGUAAUCAACAUCACCAUGACCAAGCGAACGAAGGAAGAAAAGGAGACCGAGCCGGAGAGCGCCAACUCCUCAUUCUACAGCCUGCGCUCGGGUAUCUCGCUGCAGGCUCUCAACCAGCAAAGCAGCACACGUCAAAGCGGUAGACCACAGCCAGCUAUCUCUGCCCCAACUCUCACUAGCCUACCGUCCCAGGAGUCUCUGGUGAAACGUGAGCGUGCAUCAUCAGACGACAGCCUCAAUAACUCCGGCCUCGAUGCCCUUCUGAACUUACCCGGUUACCGUAGCAAAACACGCAGUUCUUCCCGUCUGUCCCAGACCAGCGGUCGCAGUAGCUUCUAUGUGAGCACGUGCCAGGAUGAACCCGACCCUCUGGAAGACUGGAACAGAAUUGCAGAACUGCAGCAACGGAACAGAACCUGCCCUCCGCACCUGAAGACUUCCUAUCCUGUGGAGUCCCGGCCGUCCUUAUCAGCCGCCAUAACCGAUGAGGAGAUGAAGACAGGAGACCCUAAAGAGACAUUACGACGAGCCACGUUGCUGCCCUCUCAGAUCCAGAUCCACGAGCCUCAACCCAACAGCCGGAGGACGACGCUGAGUUCUACCGGGACAGAACAUUCUUCAGCAGGAGGCGGAAUCACCACCCGACAGAAGAUGAAGAGGGUGUCUGAAGAGUCUCAUUACGGACCGGAUACCCCAGAGACCAAGAAGAUGGCAAGUUGCUUUCCACGUCCGAUGACUCCCAAAGACAAGCCGGAGAGUCGCAGAAUGUCCACGGCAGAGAGCAAGGCGAGCGUCAUCCAGCAGCCCUCCCGGCGUCAGCCCACGGGCUUCAGCAUCCUAAACACCCCCAAGAAGCUGGGCUCUAAUUUUCUGAAGAGGGGCAUUAACAAAAAAUCCACUCCUAAAAGUACCCCCCAGGGGGGAGGAUCCACCAGCGGCGCCGGCAAGUCUCCGCGGCUCCAGGUCCGCAAAUCGCCGGGCGGAAAAUCACCCCGAGCGGCCACAGCAAAGUCUCCCAAGACAACCAGCAAGGUGACACUGGCGGCGGACACCCAGUUUUUUGAGCGGAAGAAAUCCCGGAACAAGUAAAGGACUCUUAUUAUUAUUAUUACCUUUUUUAUUUGGAAGACGCGCAGCUUUAUACUCUACGGACUGCUCUCCUCACACGUCUCCCCCGCGGGGGGCCGUCCCUAAUCACGCAGCCUCGCGCUCUCUCUGCGGCAGCUUACCAAGAAUCAUCGAUGCUUUGUGCAGGUAGAGGCCCCCCCCCCGAAUUCCCGGACAAUCUCGCUGACCCCCCGGCCCGGGAGUCGUUUUUAAAUCUUUUUUUCUUCUUUAUAUGAGAGUGAUACGCCGAGGGAAUUCGGGAAUCGUUGCCUAUUUACCACGCUCAGCUGUUAUAUAUAUUUUUUUUGUAUGUGUCAUUUUUGCAGGGCAGUUUUUAUUUUGUUUUGCAGGAUAUGAAGCUAAUCUUUUAGUGCCUUAUUGCCGUGGCUCUGUAAUUUAGCUAUUUUUUUUUUUUUUUCUCUAUUUAUUAAACAUAUCCAUCCUCUGCCGA